GGCAGUUUGGCCAUGUGCGGAUCGGUCACGCCGCACGAAUCAGGUCACCCAUGUUGUGUAUUCCAUUUUGUUCCAAACUCGGACGACUACCCAAUUGCCAAGCCUACUCACGCAUAUGGCAUGGACGGUAAUUAGUAUCGAGAUGUCCAGACCGCAUCGACGUAUAAUUUCAAAUUGUCUUGGCUCAGAGAGAAAAAGUGGGAGGAGGACCAAUUAGCGCUUGCGAUCGAGUGAACAGUCAACCGACGACCCCAGAGGGGAGGGGGCUUGCAGAUUGUUUGGACUACGAAGUACCUAGUGCGUGCGGAUACCGUCGCUGAGCGAUGGACCCGUUGCCUUCUCCAAAAGAAAUGCAGGAGCGAGCAGCAGCAGCAGAGGACCGGUCUCCUCAAAAAGCCAGCCCUCCCCCGAGGCAGGUCCAGGAGGAGGCUCCAGGCGACCUUGCUGAUUUGGACCCUACCAACGGCCUCCUCGCCAAGCUCAUCAUGUACUCGGCACCUGUCAUCGUCGCGGCUGCUGCCGCUGUCCUGCUGGGUCAGUCCGGCAGCAGCGUGCAUGCCCAGAACCUGCCGCCCAACAGCCAGUUCAUCAACCAAAAGGAGUUCAAUGCCUUGCCGUCUGUCCCGCCGGUGACGGUGUUCAAUGCCACGGGGAUAUUCAUCCCGCCUGGUCAGACCGCAGAGUCUAUGCAAGUCAAACCUUUCCACGUGUACGACGAGGAGUUUAUCAACAUACUGGGUAUCAAUCCCACGUUGACUCUUUUGGGAGAGACCGAGUCCGAUCCUGUGUUCCACGAGGCUGUCGUCUGGCACCCUCCGACAGAUGAGGUAUUCUUUGUUCAGAAUGCAGGAGCGAAAGCCGCCAGCACUGGACUUAACAAGUCGGCCAUCAUCCAAAAGAUUUCCCUGUCCGAGGCAGACCUCGUGUCCAACUUGACCAAUGCCGUGGGAAAGGUCAAGAUUUCCAAGGUUGACUCCAACCCGCAAGUCAUCAACCCCAACGGAGCCACCAACUACCGUGGUCAGUUUGUGUAUUGCGGCGAGGGUCAAGGUGCCGACAUCACCUCGACCCUGUAUCUGAUGAACCCCAAGGCCCCGUACAACACUACUGUCCUCGUCAACAACUUUUUUGGUCGCCAGUUCAGCUCGCUCAACGAUGCUGCGGUUCACCCCCAAAACAAGGAUUUGUACUUUACCGAUGUCCUCUACGGUUACUACCAGGACUUCCGGCCCGCUCCUGGCUUGCGCAACCAAGUAUACCGGUACAAUGACGUGACUGGGGCUCUUACCAUUGUCGCAGAUGGCUUCGACAGUCCCAACGGAAUCACGUUUUCUCCUGAUGGAAGGUUCGCCUACGUCACCGACAGCGGCAUUAACCAUGGAUUCUUUGGCUACAACUUCUCAGCACCUUCUUCCAUCUACCGAUUCGACGUCAAGGAGGACGGCACGUGGGAGAACCGCAAGACGUUUGCCUACAUCAACAGUGGAGUUCCCGAUGGUGUUCACUGUGACGCCCAGGGUAACGUCUACGCCGGAUGCGGCGAUGGCAUCAACGUUUGGAACCCGUCUGGUAAGCUUAUUGGCAAGAUCCACAUUGGUGGCGGGGCCGCAAACUUCGCCUUUGCCGGCAAGCGGAUGGUCAUCAUGGGCGAGACGAAGCUCUGGUACGCCACGAUGGGCGCCAUGGGAGCCACUGUAAAGACAGAGAUGUAAAAGAAAGCUCAGACGAUUUGCACAAUUGCAAAUCACAAACUUGACUCUUCGGAGUUUACGACAUAGGUCAAAGCUUGGCUCUGAUCAGAGGGGGGGGGGGGGGGGGAAAGAUCAGUCCAUAUAUAUGAGACGGGCAUGACGAGCUAGUC